GCCUUCACUCGCUCUCGCUUUAUAUUUCAGGUUUGCAAAUACUUCAAUUCCGAUCAAAAAAAGAAGAAUUUAUCAUAUAUAUUUCUUCACAUCAAUAACACGACAAGAACUCUAGUUGUGAAAUCUGAUAAUCCAGCAAAUCUACUCUCCAAGCAUCCUAUCAACACGUUUUAAUUAUAGAACAAGAAAUCAAAUAAUUAUUUUGAAAAAAUGUUUGCAAAUUCAGAGAUGAACAACAGCAAUAAUCGAACAGGAGGAGUCAAUAGUAAUAAUAAUAAUAAUACAAAUCAAAGAUUCGGAACCUCAUCAUUUAAUUCUAUCAAUUCUUCUUCUGGGAAUCGAUCAACAAGUAGUAAUUGGCAAGCCAAUCAAACAACACCUACCAACAAUAGAAAUUAUUCGACAACAAAUCAACAAAAUAAUAGCUCAACGGAGGGAUUGUUUACUUCUGUAUUUACCCAGACAGCAAAUAUUGGAACUAUAGAUCCGAGUGGAGAUGAAAAUCAACUCAACCGACAAUUUGUUCAAUCAGCCAAUUUAAUUGCUCAAUUCUAUACGAGUUCUCUUCUAGCCUACAGAAAAUCCUAUCAACAAGGAGUCAAGAAAUCAUUCAGAAGACUCUCCUCACUAUUAUUGCAAUACUCUAACCAACAACAAACACAAAAUGCACAAAUUCCCAUCAAUUUAGUAUUGACCAUGAUGAAUCAAGUACUUCAGGAAGAGUUGGCUGCCAAUACUACUAACACUACCAAUAACAAUACAAAUAAUGCUAAUAAUAAUAAUAGUAAUAAUAGUAAUAAUCAUGCAACAACAACUAUGAAUUCCGAGCCAAUGUCUUCAUCAAUAAUGAAUAAUGGAGAAAAUUCACCUCCUAAUAGAGCCUCCACUACCUCUCCAAUGUCUUCACUCUCUGUACAUAAUUCCAUAUCUUCGAAUGGUAACUCACCACAACAGACGAAUAAGAAUGAUGAUGCCAUGCCUUCCUCUCCAAUCAAUAAUGUAACCAUGUUGAAUUCCGAUUCACCAUUGACUUCCAAUAAUAACAAUAAUAAUAACUGUACAAUUGCAACUAUGAGUAAUGAAUCACAACAAAGUAUUGAAUCCUCAAAUCUUUCUUCAUCAAACUCAUUAUUGAAUAAUAAUAUUAACACAUCACAAGGAAUUGCUCCUCUCAUGAAUAAUAAUAAUAAUACGACAAUAUCAAAUCAGCAACAACAAGUACCUCCAAAUCCAUUUGCUUUCCCAUUUCAAUUUAAUCCCCUCUCCAAUUUACCAAAUACAACAAUUAGUGGUCCAUUUGAUUUUUCUUCACUUCCAACAGAUUAUUCGUUUGCAAAUGCACUUUUAUCUGGAAGUGUAACAACUCAACAAUUAUCCUACCCUAAUCAUCCUCAUUCAUACAACUCUACAAAUAGUACUACAAGAUCCUCAAAUCAUCAUCACCAUCAACACAGCCAACAUCACAAGGGAUCUUGUACCUCUCACCAGAGAAGUAGUUUUUACAAUGGAUCUUUCUCUCAAAAUUCCCUCAAAAGGGAUUUUCACAUGCUUAAUGUGCCUAAUAAUUGUGAUGAGGAUGAGGAUGAUGAAGCUCCACGAUUCCUUUUCAGAUCUAUCAAUACCACAAUGAAUGGAACAUCAUCUUCCAACACUAUUCAUAAUAAUAUCAGCACCAAUGCCAAUAGUGCAACAAGUUUCGGUGCAAAUAUGAUUAAUGGUAACAAUUCUUUCCCUAGUGAAAAUACAAGUUUGUCUCCCUCUCUAUUUUCAGAUCACAUCCCAUCAUCCGGUCAAAAUACUGGCGACUUCUCUGAAUUGAGUCCACUCACGCAGAUAUUCAAAAAGAACCGUAUUUAG